AUGGCGUCUUCUUCCAUAUACCUGGCUGAUCUGGAACAUUUGGACUCGAAGGAGCUCCUACGUGACCACCUCGGCGACCUAAUCCAUGGUCUCAGAUCUCACAUCCCAUGUUCGAACGUACGACGUGGGGAUCCACUGUAUUGCGGCAAAGUCUCUUGUUGUAGGAUUGGAAGCCGGUGGUGUCACAUGCAUAGUUGUUCGUCUGAUCAGAAAAAUUGCUCAGAUGCUAAAUGUUUCAAUACUCGUUUACUAAUUUCUCAUUGGUUGCGGUGCUACAACAAUUGCUGCUAUAUCUGUGCACCGUGGAUUCGUCCUACAAUGUUGGAUGAACAACCGAAAAGGUUCCUAAACGAUAUUUUUGGAAUAUUCGGUGAGAGGACAGCUUUGAGACCGUUCACAAGGAAAGUAGCGGCUAAACUGCUGCGAAGAUCGUUGUCGCUGAACAAGAUUGGAAGUAGUUGUGAAGAGGAGAUGUACACAAGAUUUCCUACUUUUAGGCAUGGAGGGAAGCAUAAAAAGAAAAGAACUAAUAUGCAUGAUGACGAUGAUUUUAUCCAACUCCUGUUGGGGCUAGGGAUAGACGCUGAGGAAGAAAUGUGCAUAGAAAAGUUAGAAUCGAAAAAUCAACACGCCUCUACGCCUUCCAAAUCGGACGCCAGUGUUCAGACAAAUGGAGUCGUCGCUAAACCAGAAGCCUCCGCUCCUUCUCUUCCAACGUGCACUGAUAGACCUGGUCCGUCUGGAUACAGUGGCAAGAACAACCACCCUAUGUUUUUGGGGACGUCGUUUUGUAUAAAAUGUGGACUUAGAGCUUACUUCAAGGGAAUUACCUUCUGUUCUUUUUUUGACUGUGAACGUCUAUCGCUAUCUGAAGAUAAUCUGAAGGAAAAAUCGUCGCAAAUUCCCCUUAUGUUUCGGGGCGAUGUUUGUCGGCGGGUGUUCGUGGCGAUGUCUUCAAUGGUGAUGACACUUGAAGUCGUCGCUGAAGGACUGACACGAUUCUCAAACGACGACAAAGCGACUGAGCAACAGCAUCUACCACAUCCACACCAUCAACAUCAAACACCGUUCACUGCUGUACAACGUCAAGGUUUUAAAUUGAAACGACAACGACAACGUGUUGACGCCGGUGAGCCGAGAAAUAGCUACCAGCAACAAGGCAAAGGAUUUCGUGACGAGAUGGCUUCGGAUGCAAUGAGCGCACUGUUCCCUUGGAUGAAUCAGACAACUGAUCUGGAUUUCGUAAAGGAGGAUCAACCGACAGAUCUUAGUUGCAAAGAUAAUGAGAAAAUGGACCUUCCGGAUUCAUCCGAGGAAAUCGAUCCGCUCGAUGUGGAGACCGCCGAGGAUCAGGCGACUGAGCUGGCCACUGAUGAUGUUCCUCCUGCUGAACCUCGCCUAAGUAACGAAAGCGCCAAUUCAACAUCAUCCUCUUCGUCAUCUAAACGAAAAUCAUUUCAACCACAAAAGAAUAUCGAAGAAUCGGAACUACCGGAAGAUGAUGAGGAGAAGUGCGAUGAAACCGAAAUCGCCAACACAGAAAUCACUGAAGAAACAGAUACGGUGAAAGCAGAAGAAAAACAAGAGACGGAGAACACCAGACAAUUCGAAGGAUUAAGUGCACUACAAUCACAACUUAGUCAACCGAAUAUGAAAUUUAAUGAGAUGUUUGAAACGCAAAGAAAACUGUACAGUAAUCUUAUCGAGCAGCAGAAGAAAUUCUUCCCACAACCGCAGGCGGAAAUUAUCCCUGAAAAACCACGAGCGCGAGAUUUUUCCCAGUUAGCGCAGACACUGAAAACAGAGAUUAUCGAUUCACUAUCUGGAUCGAUCGAUAAGGUUCUGAAAGAAUGGGCGGCGAAUGAGAUGGCCCGUUUGCAACAGGAAGCAGCCGCUGCAGUCCGACCUACUGCGGUACCACCGAUGUUUAGCCCGCUGUUUCCAGCACCAAACCCAUUAGCAGCUCAUUUUGGGCUCAAUCCUCACAUUCCGCCUGCCGGUAUCUUCCCCACUCCCUUGAAUGCGUUCAAUUCGUUGGCAGCAUUGAAUCAAAUCCGUCGUCCAUUUGAAGAUGAUGGUCCUAAGAAGAAGAGGAGUAAGGUUACGGAUAGCGUACGGAAGCUGAACGGAACUCCUAUGGCUCGCGAAGGAUCACCAAGCAGCACAAGAAGCAGCCCCAUACUGUCGCAAUCCACACCAUUGUCGAACUAUUUCCCUCCAACUAUGGUUGGUCAUCCGUUGUACGGUGGUGCAACGUUCGGCGAAAGGGAAGGUAGUCCGACAAACUCGGACGAAAAUAGCGAAUGUGGUGGUUUUGAUGGAGGACAGAGUUCAACCCUAACACCAGUUCAUCUACGAAAAGCCAAGCUAAUGUUCUUCUAUACCCGUUAUCCGAAUUCGACGCUUCUGAAAUCAUAUUUCCCGGAUGUACGAUUCAACAAGAACAACACUGCACAAUUGGUGAAAUGGUUCAGCAAUUUUAGAGAGUUCUACUAUAUUCAAAUGGAUAAAUUUGCUCGCCAAGCGCUCGCUGAAGGCAUAACGUCCCGUGACGAUAUUGUGGUGACAGUUGAUUCGGAGAUAUUUCGCACACUAAAUCAACAUUAUAACAGAAAUAACCAUGUUCAGCCUCCUGAAAAUCUAGUCCACGUUGUACAAGAAUCAUUACGUGAAUUUUUCGAUGCGAUUCGUCUAGGGAAGGACUCGGAACCGUCGUGGAAGAAACAGAUUUAUAAGAUCAUCAAUCGAUUAGACGAUCCAAUUCCAGAGUACUUCAAAGAUCCGAAUUUCCUUGAACGACUAGAAUAA